UUCGUGGACAAGUUUCGAAGAAUAGCGGAGACUAUUUAUUUUCUUCUCGGUUUUGUUGCCGUUUAUCUCAUUUAUUUAAAUCUUGGGACAAAUCAGGUGACAACCCUAUGAAGACCGCUUAGAGGUCUAUUGAAUUGCUUAGCUAGGGUGUGACUGGCUGUGGUAGACGCUCUCUUACAGGGAAUGUUCGAAUACUGUUAUAAAUGAUAGCUCGGAGGCGACGAACCAACUCUGGCUCUGAAGACCAAACCAAAGACUACAGUCCCGGAGUAAGGUUGGGAGCAGGAUACGGGACUGGUUCAGUUCGCUCGGGCACGCCCCCAAGGGCUUCACAUCACGAUCCAAACAUGACAUGUCGAGACAGAUCCACAGAGUUUAUGGCAGUUGUCAAGUCUCUCCAAUCCAGACAAGGAAAUGGAGUCAUAGCAAGAACUACAAACAGGGAUUUAAGAAAUAGAAGUGAAUUUACACAAAUUGCAAGACACAUAGGGAAGGAUUUAGCCAAUACAUUUGCCAAAUUGGAAAAGCUGACAAUAUUGGCAAAGAGGAAGUCCUUGUUUGAUGAUAACACGGUGGAGAUUCAGGAAUUGACUUACAUCAUAAAACAAGAUAUUGGGAACCUUAACAAGCAGAUUGCACAGUUACAGCAGUUGGCUAAAUCACAGAAAACACACAGUAUCCGACAACAUGUGCAGACACAUUCCAAUUCUGUUGUUGUUGGCUUACAGUCUAAGCUGGCCACAAUGUCCAAUGAAUUCAAGCAAGUGUUGGAAGUGAGAACAGAGAAUUUGAAACAGCAAAAAUCGAGACGUGAUCACUUUUCCCAGUCUCCUGUGUCCUCCUCCAUGCCUCCCUCAGCAUUUAAUGGACAUGCGGGUUCGGUCCUGUUACAAGAUGAAGCCAAAAGUGGUUACUCUGGUGGGGAUGUUGCAAUCAACAUGGAUGGGGAAGGGCACAGGUACCAGCAACAAGUUCAGCUUAUUGAAGAUCAGGAUUCCUACAUUCAGGACCGAGCUAACACGAUGCAGAACAUCGAGACAACAAUCGUUGAGCUGGGAUCUAUAUUUCAACAACUCGCGCACAUGGUCAAAGAACAGGAGGAAAUGGUGCAAAGAAUUGACCACAAUGUUGAGGACGCUCAGUUGAAUGUGGAGGGAGCGCACAGUGAACUUCUUAAGUACUUCCAGUCUGUGACAAACAACCGAUGGCUCAUGAUAAAGAUAUUUGCUGUCCUCAUCGUCUUCUUUGUUAUAUUUGUGGUGUUCAUGGCAUAGGAAAACCUAAGACAACUGUAGGAUCAUGAUGCCAUGCAUAACCUGACCUGUUGAUGACUGGUGCCAAUGACCAUGGAAUGGUCUCAACCCCCAUGUGAUGUGUACUAGAUGGGGUCUGAGACACAGCUGUUGUGCAGUGCUAGAAAUAAUUACAUUUAGAAGUGAUGGCUGGCAACUCCGGUGUUCAGACUGCAUGUCACUUUGGAGUUGUACAGAUGUGAUUAUGACUGCUACUUGCCCAUUUGUGAUGUCAUUUUAAUCUUGCAUCAAUAAUUUUACAUCCCUGACAGAAAUAAACAAUAAGGGCAUUGUAUCAUCAGCAAAAGUGAAGCAGCAAGGCAUUGGAAUUCCAUUAAUCAAAUUUUAUUCUAUGUAUUUAAGUCAUUGGAGUUUGGAAUGUAUAUGUUUAAAAUCCUUCUCUUUUCUUUUAACACUUUCUUGACGUUGGGUGUAGUGUUGCAUCGGGUGAAAAUGUGAUUUCUUUAAGUUGACCCAGGGCUGCGUUGCAGUUCUAACUUCUUGCUGCAUGAUCAGGAUAUUAACAUGGUCUUGGUAUCAGGGAACACAAAUGUUUGGUUAAGACUCGUUACAUGAGGAGCUUCUUGACCUUGGGACUAUACCAGUUCAUGUCCCUUGACACUCCUCAAGUGUUGAUGGAAGUCAUUAUGGAUUUUCAACCUACGGCAAAUCAUGUAACAGACAUGAAUAAGAUGUUUUAUCUGUAAAUCACCAACUGUUUAUAGCCAUGCAUAUACUCGCUAGAAAAGGGAAGUAACCCAGUGUACAAAUGUGAAAUUCUGGAAACUCCAUCUGUGCAUCAGCAUUUAAGUAUCUUUGUUAUAAAUGGUGGUACACAGUGUGUAACCCAGAUGACCAUGUACAUACAGACAUGUGAUCACAAAUAUUAAGAUAUAUAUUUUAUUUAUUGUAUGAAAUAUAAGGAAAGAAGUGUCACCGAUUGAUGGAGAAAAAAUAUACCUUGUGUACAUAUUUCAAUACUUGUCAGUGGGCAUGCCUCAUUUAGUCAAUUUUUUUUUGUUACUGCAUGGUCUCAGAACCAAUUUGAACUUAAGUAAAUAUGUUUGGGUCAGGGCAGGGACUGGUUGGCGCAAUGAAGUAAGUAUAAAUAGAGGAUAUUGUAGUGUGGCGUUUGAACACCAUGAAUAGUAAUUGUUCUGGUAAAUCAUUUUAGGUUUUUAUGGUAUUCAGCAUUUCAAACUGCACUUUUCAGGGUGGUAUGAUUUGUAUCAACAGUUUUGCCUGAAUAAUAAGAACAUGGCAUGGGUCAAAGGCCAUUGUACCUUUAAUGAUCUGUAGUACCUGCAGUGUAGUAACAUGUGAUGAUAUAAAGUGUGAAAUAUCACUUCAAUCUUUGAAGAAAGUCCAGAUAUUUCACUUUUUAUAUAAAUAAUAAAUGAAACAAUUGAAGAUAAAUGAAUUCAUAGUGAUCUAAUCUAGAGAAACAUUGAUGGCGAGCUUGUAAUGUCAGAAUAUAGUUCUGAUUAUAGAUGGGGGUAGAAUUACUGCAGAAGUUGUCCUAGCGACUUGGGGAACGGAAUGGAAUGCAUUUUAAAGUUGGGUUAUCUUAUGUUACAAACACUGAAGGUUUGACUCAUACAAUGAAUUUCUGGUGCCGAGAUUUAAUGCAGUAUUAUGGGAAUUUAAAUGCAGCGUAAUUUUAGACCAUCAGGUAAAUAGUAUGGUGGGACACUCAAGAAUUUGAGUUGACACUGUCUAGCUGGGUGAAAAACAAGUUUGAAAAGUUCUUUAAUAUACAAAGUUUGAGGGACUAGAGUAACAGAUGGCUGAAAACAGCCAUUGAUGGCAAUGGCAAUGAUGACAAUAGACUUUUAUAAAUUAAAACUCUUGCCCUUUGUCGGAUAUUAAUGAAAUAAAGAUGCAAAGGUACAGUCAAAUCUA